UCAUUUUGUAAAAAUCCAUACUCGAAAACCUUGGAAAAAUAAGGAGAUUUUGGAAAGAGGCUUUGGUGGUCGGAACCUUGAUAAAGAUAAUAAUGGCCUUUACUCAGACUUAUACAAGGCCUACUGUGAAGAAUUUAAAAUGUUUGCUGCCAUAAAUACGUACAAGAACAUUAAUGAAACCAAUUCUCGAAUUAAAGUUCAAGUCGGGAACAUAGUUGACUUAAAAGAGAUCAGCGAUCCUGAUAAUAACUCAUACGCUUUAGUCAAAGCGAUUAUCACACACCAAGCGAAUAAUGGCAAG